AGCAUGUUCAUAAUUCCACCAACAUUGCAAUAACUGUAAAUAUAUCUUAUAUUCUACUAUAUUAGACAGACCAUAUCUUUCUUCCAUACACCUUUCUCUUUGAAUCUUGAUUAUUCUUGAUUAUUUUCCCUCAUUCCUCGGGUUUAUUCAACUUAAAAUCAUCAUCGCAGAUAACCAUAGACCAAACAAGAUUUCAAAAUGUUUGGUUCCAAAGAUUUGACAAUCACUCUCGAUAAGAUCUCAAAUUCUGAUGGUGCUCAUUAUACAAAUUAUGAUCUUAUAACUGGCGAACUCUCCUUCAAAACUUUCAAACAAAUCUCUGUUAAAUCCAUUAUAGUCUCCUUGAAAGGAAACUCAUACACUUCAGUAACUGAAAGAACAUACGAUCAAGAAAAAAACCAAUACACUUCCAGAAUUAUAUCUGAAAAACACAACUUCUUAAUCAUAAACCAACAAGUUUUCCCUCCUCCUGAAAUAUUAGCUGUUUCAACUUCCAAAAAACACUCCAUUAUGCCAGGAAACCAUGUUUUUGCUUUCCAAAUUCAAAUUCCCCUAAACUCAAACAAUCCAUUCUGUGGUGAAAAACGUCGUAAAACUGAAGAAAGACAACACCAAAUGCAAUCUUAUAUGGAAGAUAACCUUUGUAACGCAAAUUCUAAUCCUUUCACUUACAACCAUUAUUCCGAUGGCUUCAAUGUCUCAUGGGGCAAUUCUGUAGAUCAUUACCAUGAUUUUUUAUUGCCCAGCAGUUUCCAUGAUAGUCUCUCCUGUUCUGAUGGUCCAGUCACUGCAUAUGUUGAAUAUCACAUAAAAGGCAUUGUCAAAAAGGCAAGAUUCUUCUCUAUCAACGCAAGAGCAAAAGAACCCUUUGACUUCUUAGCUUUACCAGACGUUUCCUUGAUAGAUCAAUAUCAAACAACCUCACAUGAAAUCAUUAGAAACUCUCAAUUUAAUCUAAAAAGAGAAAUACUUCCCUUUGAAGAGUUCCAGCAAGAAAAAUCUCUGGAAAUACUUAUUCAAAAUGAAAAGGAAAAGGAAAAGGAAAAGGAAAAGGAAAAGGAAAAGGAAAAGGAAAAGGGGAAAAAAAAUAAAUUUUCAAGCAUCUUUCGUGAUAUCUUUCUGCCUUUCAAUUCUAUUCGAAAGAACUACUUCUACAUCCCUCUUGCUUUACAAGCAAAAUGUAAAGUUCCCACAUUGCUUAACAGAGGCCAAAAAUUCCCAAUUACUUUAUCUGUAACUUCUAAUCUAGAUCCAGAUACUUUUAUUAAAAAUGGCUUUGGAAAUAUUUACAUCAAAAAGUUAAACAUUCAAUUACUAUGUCAUACAUAUAUAAGAGCAGAGCUCAAAACAGUCUCUCCAAUUAGCUAUAUUACUAUAUUUGAUGCUUCAAAUCAUAUGAAAAUAGAUCUAACAAAAUUAGAAAGACCAUUUGGAAAAAACUAUUAUGAAUAUAUGAUUCCUGGAGAAUAUUACGAUUUUACUGUUCCCAAAUAUCUAGUAGCUUCUCUUCAAUCUUGUAAUGUUGUAAAAAAAUAUGAAAUUUUAAUUACUGCUACUUUUUUCAAUUACUUGAGAGGCGAAGAAGAAGUAGAAUCAGUCUCAGAUUCUUCAGAAGCUAAAGUCAGCAUUGACGUUCAAGUUAUUAACGAUGUUGUUCCUGGAAUAGUUUUAAAUCAAAAAUGUAAUGGAAAUCAUCAACAGCAACCUCAAGAUCUUCAAGUUGAUAAUACUCUUCCAUCAUACAAUCAAUCAAUUGAGAGUUCUUCAGCUGCAAUUUAAUCCCUAUUUGUAAAAUUCGUUUAUCUGCUGUUGCUUUUUUUUGUUUUUAUUUUAAUAAUUGUUUCAUUAUUCUGUUUCUUAUUGUAAUACACAAAUCAAAAUCCUUAAUUUAAUCAAGCAUAAAAGCUUAAAACCGCUUAGUGAACUGAAAAUUAGCCAAAAGUUUACUCAUUCAACUCAACAACUUAUUUGUUUAUGAUUUUAAAAAUCUGUUAAUACUGAAGCAGAAAACAAAGGCUGAUUGGUCAACACAAAAAACGUCAACGGUUUUUCCGAACUAUUGUUAUUUAUCCGUGUGAGGUAUAAAAGCUGGCUGCAAAUUAAACUAGCAAUUACUUUGCUGCUUCGAUUUUUACUCUCUAACACUUCUGGAAUAUAGACAUAAUUGGCGAAAUCAGAAUGUUCUCUUCAGAUAAAAAACCAAAGGUAUUG